AGCCUGCUCUGCUGUCUCACUCGGGUUCUCGGUGCGGGAGGAAUGGCAGGCUGGGGGGUCUUCUUCCUUUCUCUCCUCAACUACAAGACAGAGAAAUAUGUUAUCGCCGAAAACAGGAGAAUCGGAAUAUUGUUUAGACUCUAUCAGCUGGCCGUGCUGGGAUACAUAAUAGGGUGGGUAUUUGUAGUGAAGAAAGGGUACCAGGAGAGAGAAGAGGCCAUCCAGACCUCAGUCAUCACCAAGCUUAAAGGUGUUACCCUGACCAACAGCUCUGAGACAGGGCUUCACCUCUGGAGUGCUGAAGAUUAUGUCAUACCCCCAAAUGGCGAGCAGGUGUUCUUCAUAGUAACAAAUUACAUAGAGACCCCCAAUCAGAGACUGGGGUUUUGUGCUGAGAGUUUCAAGGUGCCAAAUGGACGAUGUCUAAGUAAUGAUGACUGUGUCGAAGGAGAGACUGUAAUAGCUGGUCAUGGAAUCAAGACCGGCUUGUGUUUAAACAGCACUGGGACCUGUGAGAUUUACGCCUGGUGUCCUAUUGAAUACAGCAAGCGACCCGCAGAGCCCUUACUGAGUGAAGCGGAAAACUUCACCAUCUACAUCAAGAAUUUCAUCAGGUUUCCAAAGUUUGAAUUCUCCAAGUCUAACGUCCUUGAAACCUCAGAUGAGGGCUACCUGAAAAGAUGCACCUACGACAGCGAGAACCAUCCUUACUGCCCUAUUUUCCGCCUCGGAGAUCUGGUCAGCUGGACUAAUCAUGACUUCCAAGACAUGGCCGUUAAGGGUGGGUCUGUUGGUAUUCUUAUUGAGUGGAACUGUGACCUGGAUAAGGACUCUUCACAGUGUAAUCCACAGUAUAGCUUCACCCGUUUAGACAUGAACUUGAACAAUUCAGUCACAUCAGGAUACAACUUCAGAUAUGCCAGGUAUUACAAGGAUCAAAACGGUGAAACCUAUCGCACUUUGUAUAAAGUGUAUGGAAUUCGCUUCGAUAUCAUAGUCAAUGGCCAGGCUGGAAAAUUCAAUAUUGUUCCCACAAUAAUUGCCAUUGGUUCGGGUGUUGCUCUGCUGGGUAUAGGGGCAUUUGCAUGUGAUAUGAUACUGCUGUACAUGAUGAACACGAGCUCCUUCUACAGAGAGAGGAAGUUUGAAAUCAUCAGCUUCAAGAGAGACCGGACCAAGCACAAGGACGGAAAGGCAGGACACCGGGAGAGGAGAUCCAGGAAACCAGCUGCUGAGAAAGGAGCCAGCAACUCCAUCAAAAAGCCAGAGGAAACUGAUCUCACUGAGGAAGUUUCUCCCAUUGAAGAGAGCCAGCCGUCUGUGGAGAAACGGGGUCCCACCAUUCCACGCAACACAGGCCAACGGUACUCUGCCAUUCUCUCUACUCAAGGUGCAGAGCCAAGACAUCAUAUCACUUUCUCCUCACACAGUUAGGUUUGCAAGUCAGUCACCUGCAGUGGUCUCGGUUAUGUUACAGGAGGUGGAACCAAAAGUCGGACUGAUGUCCACUUCUCACCUACUGGCACAACUGUGGGCAUGCCACUAGCCUGAGUGAUGCUUGCCUUGACUGAAAAUGUGUUGGACCAGGGAAAAUGUCAAUGUUCACUCUGCAAGAGAGCCAGGACACUGAUGUAGAGAUAUACAAGAGGAUGGUUUUGAGUGGCUGAGUCAGGAACCAAAGGUGGAAUGUGGGAGAGUACAACAGGUCCAUAAACAAUGAUGUGCAAAAGAUACUGUGAUAAAGUUAAUGCAGUCAGCAGAGUGACUUUUAGUGAAUUGCCAAAUAUAUGCCAGGUACUGAUUUACAAAUGCAAAGAAUUCAUUGUGUCUGUUUCAUGUAUGUUUCAAUACUUCAAGCUUUUUUUAGCUGUUGAUCAGACUAAUUAAGCAUAAUCUCCAGUUUGAGUAAAACAUGAUGGCCUUUGUUAUUUUCACCAUUUUAAGGACUGACUUGUAAAAAUUACAGCAAAAAUACUAACCAUUAUAGAUUCACUGGAAAGUAAAAAAUGAAGUGAAUUUUUCUUUCAGUUUGCAAAAUACUUUCUAGGGUCAUGAGAGAAAUGAUUAUGAAAGAAUAGAUAAAGAGAAAAUUGCACUUGUAAGCAACAUGUAAGCAAAUGUGAACGGUCUUAAUUGUUUGUAUUUCAGCUGGAAGCAUCAUGUACCUAUGACAGGCAUUUGAACACACUGUUUAACACUGCUGAUAUGUUUCCUGCUGUAUGUUCUUCUUCACUUAUUAAGCUGUGGAACAGAGUUCGUCAUGUGCCACUAGUUCACAGUGAGUAGACAAGGUCAUUGAUGUACAGGCUGAUUGUUAAUGAAUGAACUUUGAGGUGUGAGGACUCCC